CGAAGAAUUGCGGAAAGGGGAAAAUGAAUCCGCGAUUUCUGAAAAGCAACGCCUAAGACGCCACCGCACUGCGCCGCUGCCUCCGCCCUCCACGGCACCACCGUCCAGCAGUCCAGAGAACUGCACGCUUGCAGAUAUUUCAAAGACGGACUCGUAGGGGUGAGCAACUAUGAACUAUAAACUCGUAGGGUUAACCAUUUUUUUCAUCUCUGUUCUGUCCAUCAAUGGAGUUCUUUGCAAGUCUCGUCGCCCAAUAUCGGAGAAGGAGAUUCGAGAGAAGAAGAACCAUUGUUAUGCCGACAUCGAGAGUGGCUUAUGGGGUGAGAAUUGCAAGUCUUCAAUGGUAGCAAAGGAGAAUUGUGCUCUACAAUGCUUGUCCCCAGUUUGUUAUGAGCUUGUUUACGAGAGUGAUCCCUUGGAAGAAGGGGAGAAAGAUAUGGUCAGGAGUCAAGAGUACAAGUACUGCAUGCACAGGUCAUCGCUCGGAGAGAGUUUGGACGGCGUCAAAGGCUCGUUUGACUUGUAGUUUAUAUUGAUUGAAUUCUCGACUCAUCUCGUCGUCGAUCUAUAUAAGAGGCAUUACCAUGAGAUUUCUGCACAUUUCAUACAUCACAAUGCCUUGUGAUGAACUAUUGUAGGUUUAGUGUUUGGGGGUAUGGAGAGCUCUGUGUGUGCUCUUUUUCCAUAUUUUCCAUGCAAAUAGUUCUAAAUUUGGUGAGUGAUUGAUACUUUGAUAGCUGAAAUGAUGUUAAUGAAUGAGAGUACAAGGACAUGUCUGGUAAAGAGCAUUUUGAUGAGCAAUGUGCUCAGUUUUUUUUAGCAUUUUCGAGAGAGUAUUUUUUAUUUUUUAAUAAGUUAAAAUGUUUUUU